CGACGGACGGCGGCGACGUUGAAGAAAUUCCUGGCCGAUUUCUUCUUCAUCAUCCUGUGUAAAUAAUUGUAAUUUAAAUAUUCUAAAUUUCGUAUUUAACGAGAGCACACACACACUCACACCAUCGAAGGAAAUGCAAAUGCGAAGGCUUUUUUAAGUGCAUGUUUUGUGUAUAUUUUCAUCAUUAAAACGUCGUGUAAAUUAAACUUCAUCCUAAUUAUAAUUAAUAAACUACAUUAAUAAACGGAAAUUCCACAAUUCUCAAAAAUAAAUCUGUAAAAAUUCAAGUUUUAACCAAUUCUCAUACGUAAUUAAAUAAAAAAAGUUCAGUUUUGUUAAGUCCCAAGAAACAACAGCUGUGCAACUGUGUAAAAUAUUAUUCAUAAUUUUGUGUAAAUUUAUGUAAAAAAAAAAACCAACCACGACAACCAAACCAAACGAAGAAAAUUCAUUUUUUUUGAGCAAAAAGUGUGUGAAAAAUCUCAGCAAAGCCUGUAAAAUAAAUGUUAAAUAUAUUAAGCAAAAAGUGUGGUUUCUUUUACAACAACAAACAAGUGCAAAUCUAAAGAGAAAAUUUCAAAAAUAACAAGAGAAAACAUUUGUGAAUAUUUCAAAACUACGAAUCGUGUGUGUGGUCUUUUUGUGUGGUUUUAAAACCGAAUCCCAUCCAAUAAAAGUUGGCAAUACGCGCAAAGUUGUCAGCUGCGAUAGCUAGGAAAAGCCUCCAAAAUUGAGCUCCUAACCGCGCCCACAAUUGCCAUAUCGACGCCCUCGCCGCAGCAGCAGCAGCAGCAACAUCAACAGCAGCAGCAGCAGCAACAGCAGCAACUCUAUCAGCAACAUCAACAGCAGCAGCAGCAACAUUACGGUCCACCACCGCCCUAUUUUCAACAGCUACACCAACAGCAGCAACAGCAACAUCAGCAGCAACAGCAACACCAGCAGCAGCAGCAGCAACACCAGCAACACAUGAAGUUUCUGGGUGGUAACGAUGAUCGCAAUGGCCGCGGAGGCGUCGGCGUUGGCACGGAUGCCAUUGUGGUAGGAUCUCGCGGUGGCGUUUCCCAGGAUGCCGCCGAUGCCGCUGGUGCCGCCGCAGCCGCCGCCGUCGGCUAUGUCUUCCAGCAGCGCCCAUCGCCCGGCGGUGUGGGCGUGGGCGGAGUGGGUGGCGGGGUGCCCGGAGUGGGUGCCGUGGGCUCGACCUUGCACGAGGCCGCUGCCGCCGAGUACGCCGCCCACUUUGCCCAAAAGCAACAGCAGACGCGAUGGGCGUGCGGCGACGACGGCCAUGGUAUUGAUAACCCGGACAAAUGGAAGUACAAUCCGCCGAUGAAUCCAGCCAAUGCAGCCCCUGGCGGACCGCCGGGAAAUGGUAGCAAUGGUGGUCCCGGCGCCAUUGGCACCAUUGGCAUGGGCAGCGGAUUGGGCAGCAUGGGCGGCGGUGGAGGCGGCGGCGGAGGUGGUGGCGGGAAUAAUGGAGGUUCCGGCACGAAUGGCGGUCUCCAUCAUCCGUCGAUGGCAGCAGCAGCGGCCAAUAUGGCCGCCAUGCAACAGGCAGCGGCGGUGGCCAAGCACAAUCACAUGAUGUCACAGGCAGCAGCCGCCGCUGCAGCUCAACAGCAGCAGCAACAUCAGCAUCCACACCAGCAACAUCCCCAGCAGCAGCAACAGCAGCAGCAGCAAGCUCAGAAUCAGGGGCAUCCACAUCACCUAAUGGGCGGUGGCAAUGGACUGGGCAAUGGCAACGGACUGGGAAUCCAACAUCCCAGCCAGCAGCAGCAGCAGCAACAACAACAGCAGCAGCAGCAGCAGCAGCAACAGCAACAUCCCGGCCAGUAUAACUCGAAUUUGCUCAACCAUGCCGCUGCCUUGGGUCACAUGUCGUCUUAUGCCCAAUCGGGCGGCAGCAUGUACGACCAUCAUGGUGGAGCCAUGCAUCCGGGAAUGAACGGGGGCAUGCCCAAGCCACCGCCACUGGGUCCUCCAGGAGCCGGAGGUCCACAGGACUAUGUCUACAUGGGUGGUCAGACCACUGUGCCCAUGGGCGCCGCAAUGAUGCCGCCACAGAAUCAGUAUAUGAACAGCUCCGCUGUUGCAGCUGCCAAUCGGAAUGCAGCGAUCACCACAUCCACUGCCAAGAAAUUGUGGGAGAAAUCCGAUGGCAAGGGCGUUUCCUCGAGCAAUCCCGGUGGACCGCUGAAUCCCUUGCAGAUCCCCGGCAUCGGGGAUCCCUCUUCUGUGUGGAAGGAUCACACCUGGUCCACACAGGGCGAGAAUAUCCUGGCACCGCCCCCCUCGCGAGCCUACGCCCAUGGCGGUGCCUCCGAUAAUUCGAACAGCGGCAAUGCGGGCAUACUGAGUCCCCGCGACUCGACUUGCGCCAAGGUGGUGGAAUAUGUUUUCAGUGGUUCGCCCACCAACAAGGAGAGCCCUCUUUCUGGAUUAGAGCCGCGUUUGCGCAAUUUAAAGUUUGACGAUAACGAUAAGUCACGCGAUGAUAAGGAAAAGGCCAACUCUCCGUUUGACACAAACGGUUUGAAGAAGGACGAUCAGGUCACAAACACAAAUGGUGUUGUCAACGGCAUUGACGAUGACAAGGGCUUCAAUCGCACCCCUGGUUCACGUCAGCCUUCUCCUGCUGAGGAGUCACUGCCACGCCCCCCGAAUCUACUUUUCCCCCCACUGCCACCCCCCUUCAACCACAUGCUCAUGGACCAUGGCCAGGGCAUGGGUGGUGGCUUGGGAGGGGUCGUCGGAUCUGGCAACGGGGUUGGAGGAGGGGGCGGCGGAGGCGGGGCGGGCGGAGCGUAUGCGGCCCACCAGCAAAUGGCCGCCCAAAUGAGUCAGUUGCAGCCGCCGAUGAUGAACGGCGUUGGCGGCGGUAUGCCAAUGGCAGCACAGUCACCCAUGAUGAAUCACCAGGCAGCUGGACCCAAUCAUAUGGAAUCUCCCGGAAAUCUCUUGCAGCAGCAAAAUUUUGAUGUUCAGGUAAGUGACGACGUGCUUUCGUUCGCUUUUAACCACAAUCAACAACUGUUCCGCUCGCAGAAUCCGGGCCUUGCAGCAGUUGCCACAAAUGCAGCGGCCGCAGCAGCAGCCGCAGCAGCUGCCACAUCGGCAGCGAGUGCUGCAGCGGCGGUGGGCGCUGCCCCCGUGCCCAAUGGGUCGCUGCAACAGUCGCAGCAGCAGCAGCAACAGCAGCAGCAACAACAGCAGCAACAGAUGCAGAUGGCGGCCGCGUCGCAACAGUUUCUGGCCGCCCAGCAGGCGCAAAAUGCGGCCUAUGCCGCCCAACAGGCCACGCCCUACGUCAUCAAUCCGGGCCAGGAGGCUGCCCCCUAUAUGGGCAUGAUUGCCGCUGCCCAGAUGCCGCAGUACUACGGCGUAGCGCCCUGGGGCAUGUAUCCGGGCAAUUUGAUUCCGCAACAGGGAACGCAGCCGCGCCGCCCCCUCACCCCCUCGCAGCAGGGUGCCGAGAAUCAGCCGUAUCAGGUCAUCCCGGCCUUCCUCGAUCACACGGGCUCCUUGCUGAUGGGAGGACCCCGCACCGGGACGCCCAUGCGUCUGGUUAGCCCCGCCCCCGUUCUGGUGCCCCCGGGCGCCACCCGUGCCGGUCCCCCGCCGCCGCAGGGCCCACAGCUGUACCAACCGCAGCCGCAGACGGCCCAACAGAAUCUCUACUCGCAGCAGAAUGGCUCCAGUGUCGGAGGUCUCGCCCUGAACACGAGCUCGUUGACGGGUCGCCGCGACUCCUUCGACCGCAGCACCUCCGCCUUCAGCCCCUCGGCGAUGGACUACACCAGCAGCGGUGUGGCAGCUGCCGCCAAUGCGGUGAACAGCACAGUUGCCCAGGCAGCAGCAGCGGCCGCAGCAGCCGCCGCAGCGCGUGGCAAGUGGCCGGGAGCGAUGUCGGGAGCGGCAGGCGGAGCCUAUGGAGCCCUCGGAGCGGGCAAUGCCUCGGCCAGUCCACUGGGCGCUCCACUCACACCGCCGCCGUCGGCGCAAUCCUGCCUUUUGGGCAGUCGGGCACCCGGAGCCGAGUCCCGCCAGCGGCAGCAGCAGCAACAACAGCAGCAGCAACAGCUGGCCGCCGUGGGAUUGCCGGCAACCGCGGCAGCUGCCCAGGCAGCAGUGGCAGCGGCAGCCAACAAUAUGUUUGGGUCCAAUAGCUCGCUAUUCUCGAAUCACCUGGCCAUUCCGGGUACCGCAGCCGUGGCAGCGGCGGCGGCAGCAGCAGCGGCAGCCAACUCGCGACAGGUGGCUGCCACAGCAGCUGCAGCGGCGGCGGUGGCAGCUGCAGCUGGCGGCGGCGUGGGCGGGGCCCCACAGCCGGGCAGAUCUCGCCUACUCGAGGAUUUCCGCAACCAGCGGUAUCCCAAUCUCCAGCUACGCGAUCUCGUCAACCACAUUGUGGAGUUCUCGCAAGAUCAGCACGGCUCGCGGUUCAUCCAACAGAAGUUGGAGCGUGCCACGGCGGCCGAGAAGCAAAUGGUCUUUAGCGAGAUUCUGGCCGCUGCAUAUAGCCUGAUGACCGAUGUCUUUGGCAACUAUGUCAUCCAGAAGUUCUUUGAGUUCGGCACUCCGGAGCAGAAGAACACGCUGGGCAUGCAGGUCAAGGGUCAUGUGCUGCAGCUGGCGCUGCAGAUGUACGGCUGCCGAGUGAUUCAAAAGGCCCUGGAGAGCAUCUCACCGGAACAGCAGCAGGAGAUCGUCCACGAACUGGACGGACAUGUGCUGAAGUGCGUCAAGGAUCAGAAUGGCAAUCAUGUGGUCCAGAAGUGCAUCGAAUGCGUGGAUCCCGUGGCCCUGCAGUUCAUCAUCAAUGCGUUCAAGGGUCAGGUUUACUCGUUGAGCACCCAUCCCUACGGAUGCCGGGUGAUCCAGAGGAUACUCGAGCACUGCACCGCCGAACAGACCACGCCCAUUCUGGACGAGCUGCACGAGCACACCGAACAGUUGAUCCAGGACCAAUACGGCAACUAUGUAAUUCAGCAUGUGCUAGAGCACGGCAAGCAGGAGGAUAAGUCCAUUCUGAUAAACAGCGUGCGCGGCAAGGUUCUGGUGCUAUCGCAGCACAAAUUCGCUUCGAAUGUAGUAGAGAAAUGCGUCACCCAUGCCACACGUGGCGAACGCACUGGUCUUAUAGACGAGGUCUGCACCUUCAACGACAACGCGUUGCACGUGAUGAUGAAGGAUCAGUAUGCCAACUAUGUGGUCCAGAAGAUGAUUGAUGUUUCAGAGCCGACGCAGCUCAAGAAGCUAAUGACCAAGAUCCGGCCCCACAUGGCCGCCUUGCGCAAGUACACCUAUGGCAAGCACAUCAACGCCAAAUUGGAGAAGUACUACAUGAAGAUAACCAACCCGAUUACGGUGGGCACAGGAGCCGGCGGAGUGCCGGCAUCCUCGUCAGCGGUGGCAGUCAGCGGCAGUGGAGCUACUUCGUCAUCGGCCACAGCAUGCACCAGUGGCAGCAGCACCACCACCACCAGCACCACCAACAGCCUGGCCUCACCCACCAUUUGCUCGGUGCAGGAGAACGGCAACGCCAUGAUUGUGGAGCCCUCAUCCCCGGAUGCCUCCGAGUCCUCAUCCUCGGUGGUGUCGGGUGCCGUCAACAGCGGUCUGGGUCCCAUUGGACCACCGACCAACGUUGUGCUGUAAAGGGGAGAAACAAGUAAACAAAAGUAAACAAAUAAAACCAGGCAGUCAAAGGAAACUUCCUUCUCGAAUCGCAGACUAGUUUUUAGGAGCUGUAAAGCUAUACAUAAACAAAAAAAUACAUAUAAAUGUAAACUAAUUUAUUGAAAAAGCAGCUAUCGAUUGAGAAGCUGCUCUCGAUUAUUUGUAAAGUGAAAACAAAACACACAUGCGCCAAGCUAGAGAAACAAAAAAGUAAAAUGCUGGCCAGCUAGAAAGCAAAACAGCUUGAGAACUAAAGCUAAAACAAAUUUGUAUUUUUACGAACAAAAAGUAAUAACACUCUCACGAAAGAAGAUUUCAAAAUAUUUGUACAAUGCGCUCGCAUAUUUAAUUUGUAAAAAAGAAACACACAGAACACACAAAGAUGAGGAGAAACAACAAAAAAGGCGUUAUACAUCGCAAAAAUGAAAACACACUGAAUGUAAAGUUUAAUGUCAAGAAAACCAUUUUGUCUGCGUAGAUUUUCGUUGUAAUAACUUUGUAUAAAUUAAUGAUUAUAUAGCAAGUCUAUCUGUAAAUGAUUAAUGUUUCGACUGUAAAUUGAUAAGAGGACAACUGAAGAGCCGGCGAGCAGAAGAAUGAAGAAUGUAGAAAAGCUGCAGAAGGGCUGCAUGGAUAGGCCUAGAAUUUAUAAGUGCAGACAGAGGAGGAACCAUUUCAAAUAUACAUACAUAUAUAAACGAGGGAUAACAGCAGAAGCCACACUUAGUGUAGAAUGUAGAGUAAUACUGUUUUUGGAGCCAGCAGCUACCGGAAACACAAUGAAAACAGAGACACACGAGACACGCCACGCCCCCUCACGCACACUCGGUUGCAUAUACCCACACCCACACACACACACACACAAUGAACGACUCUUCAGCCCAUUCACGUUGCUUUUGCACUAUGUAAAAAUUUUGUAUAAAAAAAACCCCCACAACAAACCAUGUAAACCAUGUAAUUUUCAAAUGUUUCACUGUAAAAUGUAUACAUACUAUAUUUUGUAAAUUUUUUUUAAGUCGCAAGUAACUCAUACAUAUUCUAUUCUAAACUGCACGCAUGUAUUUAUAAUUUUAUACAUAUUAGCUGGCGGCCGCCCUCCGAUGAUCAGCAAGUACUUCGGUGGGUGGGGCGUCAGCUAAAAGAACCUGUUAGCCAAGUAAGCCCCACUGAUAAUGAUUGGAUUUUAAAACUAUAACCAUCAAAAUAAACCAAUUUUUUUCCAAAAUUAUCCGACACACUUUUACGUUUGCUAGCCCACCUUAAUGUAUGAUAUAUGUAUAUGUAUAAAUAUGAUUUAAAAUCGACAUUAUGCUUUCUCAACUGCACACUGAGCAAAAUCAGGUGGAGAGUUACCUUUGCUAUGUUAGACAGAAAGCGCUUGUUGCUCCCUGCGAAGCUUGAAAUGCAUUCGCUUUGAAUAAUUAGCCCUUCCCCCACGUAAGUGUAUAAAAUUGUUUUAAAACGUCAUCGAAACACUUGUAAAUUGCAAACAAAAAUUGUAUAUGUAUACAUACGAACGAAUAUUGUAAAAAGUAACAAUACCAAGAAGAAUUUUGUACAUUUUUGAUAUAAAUUUAGAUUACUUCGCGACGCCUUAUUCCAAAUACUAAAAUACUGAAAAUACUGAAAACGAGAGAUGGUAAGAAAAACGAAUUUAGACUUUUUUGUCGGUUUCGUCGAAACACACAAAAAUCCAAUGUAAAACCAUUUUUGGAGAUCAAUGUAAAGUGUAUUAUGCAUAUUUUUGUACACACAAAUUCGUUGUCGUGUCGUUGUAUGUUGUUGUCGUCGUCACCGUCGUCGUUGUCGUAUUUUGUAUAUAACAAGCAAAGGAUACCAGUCAUUGAACAUUUGUAAUUUUCUGUACAUUUCCCCCCCGCAACACAUAACAUACAUACCAUUAACCAUUGAUCGUAAUCCCUCAUCCCUCGUUCCAAAUAAUCCAUUACAUCCGUAUACCCGUAUUAUCCUGUCUCUGUACAAGUGAGCGCAUUUCAAGCGACGGCGCAAGCAGGGCUCGGUAUUAUUUGUUUGGUAUUUUUAGUUAUUAACUUGUCAACUGCCUGUCUCUAGAGCGCAAUGCACUGAUAAUUUUAAUUUAAAUAAUCCAUAGAUGAACAUUGUAUUUAGGAUUCUCGAGUUCGAUGGUCGGUCGAUCGAUGAUCGCAUCGAUACGGAGUGAACAAUGCAAGUAGAGAUGCUUUCUGUAGACUAAACACAUUGCUACACGCCGUGUAAAUUUGACGUGUAAAAUACACAGGACACCCACACACACACACAUACACUCACAAAAACACAAGUACACCUACACACACACACAGGACACAGCGAGCUGCUUAGCUGUAGUAGUUAGCGUAAGCCAGCAAAUCCCUAUAAAUAUAUAUAUUUAAACAUACAUAUUUACACGCAUAUAGAGUUAUGUACUACACUUAGUUUUGAACUUGACGUGAGGCAACGUUUUUAAAAAUGAUGUAAUGAUGUAAUGAUGUAAUGAUGUAACGAUGUAUAUGUAAAAUACAUGUGUAGAGUAGCGGAAGUGCUGUGGCACAGUGAAAUUUACACGUAAGCUGGCGUAUUCUACACACGCCCAGUUUUUACAGUAACAAUUUUUUGCACGCAUGUAUGACACUUGGGUAUACAAGUCGAAAACUAAAAACCUAAAGCGAAUUCCAAUUAAAACAGAAGCCAAGCAACAUUUAACAACCACAAUUGUAAACAAUAUAACAUAAAUUGUACGCGAACUCCCUGUAAACUUGUAAACGUGUAGCGAAGCGAAACGAGCAAGCAUUUUUUUCUAUGCCCAAGGCCAAAAAAGGUCUGGCAGUUUGAAAUUGCAAAAAAGGAAAAAUAAAAUCCGGCUGCAAGUUGUUUGGAUUUUUCGCAAACUUAACUGUAAAAAAAAAAACAAGAAAAUAAAGCCCAAUACUGCAAAGGGCCUAAAGAUAACCAAUAUUUAAAGUAAACCUUAAACAUACAGCAG